CUCCGGGGGGCCCGCAGCGGCGCAUCUUCGUUUCUGGAACCUUCCAGACCUUUGUGUUUGUUUCGCACAUGGCCGAGGCUCCGUAAAUUGUGUCUAACGGAAAGGCCCGCUGCUGUGUUCGGGGAUCGCAAGACCUCGGGGCACCGCGGCUGCAGCUCUGGGAGCGGAGGGCGCAGCGCAAAACGUGUUCCGCUUCGGGGGUAAUGACCGCGGCGCCCGCCCCCGCGUUACUGUUAACCCUUGCUCGUGCCCCGCUUCCGUGGACAGGCGGUGGGUUAGGGAAGACACGGCCUCGGGCAGAGACCAACCUGGAUCCCGAAUUGGACUGUGAUCCGUGUUGCGGGAGGCUUUUUCCGCCGGAGCCCCCCCUGCACCUGACACUAAGCUCUUGACUCUGCCCCGUUACCAGCAUCAGGCAGAAACUCACCGUUUCGAGUCCAGCCCUUUCCACAAAUCUCUGUCCCAGAUCAGCACCCAGGCUGUUGCAGGAGUUGUUCCUGCGUCUUGGUGUACCUUGAGGUCAGGGGAAGGUGGAAGAAAAAUGAGGUGUUAAUAGGAUAAGUGAAAAUAAGAAUAUCCAUAUAUUAAGACAGUGUUGUGUCCUAGUGAAGUCUAUCUUCAACAGCUUCCUUCUGCAUUAGAUGGUCAUAUACCUGUGUUUACUCAGUUCUGCUUAACCCACUCUCUUUGAGUUCUGCUUACCUUACUCAUAGGUUCUGUUUCCUGCUUGAUACCAGAAACUUUGGUCUCUAGUGGAGUGCAUCAGUGUAUGCAUGACUUCCCAACACUGGGCUAUAAGAAACAGAAGAAUCGAACAGGGAAGCACUCAUAUUUCCAGAUUCUCUAAGAGGAGGUAGCAGUAUUUAAUAUGGAACCAAAAGCCAGUGAAUCGAAUCAUGAAGAUCUUCUGUCGAGCAGCGGCAUCACAUCCCAGGGAGGUUCUUCAAGUCCAUUUUUUAUGUCAUCUAUUCGUGGCACAAUCAUUGAAAACACGUCUUCAGCUGGGACAUUGACACAAAUUCCUUUUUUCCCCAAAUAUGAAGUGGAACUUGAUUCUCCUAGAAAAGUCAUCCCGUACCCUGGAAAGGAACACAUUGAACGUGUUUUGGAAGAAUAUUCACAUCAAGUCAAAGAUCUACAGAGAAGACUGAACGAAAGCAAUGAAUUGCAUGAGAAACAGAAGUUUUACUUACGGCAGUCGGUCAUUGAUUUGCAAACAAAACUUCAAGAGAUGCAAAUGGAGAGAGAUGCCAUGGCUGACAUCAGACGAAGGGAGAGUCAAUCCCAGGAGGAGUUAAGAAAUCAGCUUCAAAACACAGUUCAUGAACUCGAAGCUGCCAAGUGCCUUAAGGAGGACAUGCUGAAAGACAGCAGCGCGCAAGUAGAACAGCUGAGGAAGAUGAUGCUCAGCCACGAGGGGGUGCUUCAGGAAAUCCGCUCCGUCCUCGCCGACUUCGAAGAAGCCUCAGGCAAGAAAAUAUACGAACACGACAGCGUGUCUACUCUCCACUUCCGCAACAUGGGCUCGGCUAUUAGUAAAAUCCUAAGAGAAUUAGACACAGAGAUUUCUUAUCUUAAAGGGAGGAUAUUUCCAGUAGAGGACCAGCUUGAAGCACUGAAGUCUGAAUCACAGAAUAAAAUAGAACUGCUUCUUCAACAACAUCAAGAUAGGAUUGAGCAGUUAAUAAGUGAGCAUGAAAUUGAGAUAACGGGCCUUACCGAGAAAGCCAGCAGCGCUCGAAGCCGGGCCGAUAGCAUCCAGAGUCAGCUGGAAAUCAUUCAAGAACAAGCAAGAAACCAGAAUUCAAUGUAUAUGCGUCAACUCAGCGAUCUGGAAUCUACUGUUUCUCAGCUACGUUCUGAGUUAAGAGAAGCCAAAAGGAUGUACGAAGACAAGAUAGAAGAGCUUGAAAAGCAGUUAGUCCUUGCCAACUCAGAACUAACCGAGGCACGGACGGAACGUGACCAGUUCAGUCAGGAAUCUGGAAAUUUGGAUGAUCAGCUUCAAAAGCUGUUGGCUGACCUGCAUAAAAGAGAGAAGGAGCUGAGUCUGGAGAAGGAGCAGAAUAAGCGUCUGUGGGACCGGGACACAGGCAACAGCAUCACCAUCGACCACCUGCGGCGGGAGCUGGACGACAGGAACAUGGAGGUGCAGCGCCUGGAAGCCCUCCUCAAGUCCAUGAAGAGCGAGUGUCAGGGCCAGAUGGAGCGGCAGAUGGCAGCGAUUCAGGGCAAGAAUGAAAGUCUAGAGAAAGUGUCCUCCUUGACUGCCCAGCUUGAAUCCACCAAAGAGAUGCUCCGCAAAGUGGUAGAAGAGUUGACCGCCAAGAAGAUGACCCUGGAGAGCUCCGAGAGGACCGUAUCAGACCUGACCGCUUCCCUGCAGGAGAAGGAGAGAGCCAUCGAGGCCACCAAUUCAGAGAUCACGAAGCUGCGCUCCCGCGUGGACCUGAAAUUGCAGGAGCUGCAGCACCUGAAAACCGAGGGCGACCACCUCAGAAAUGUGCAGACCGAGUGUGAGGCCCUCCGGCUACAGAUGGCAGAGAAGGACAAGGUGAUCGAGAUUUUGCGCCAGCAGAUUGAGAACAUGACGCAGCUGGUUGGCCAGCACGGGCGGACGGCGGGCGCCAUGCAAGUGGAAAAGGCUCAGCUGGAGAAGGAGAUCAACGACAGGAGGCUGGAGCUCCAGGAGUUCAAGAUUUUAAAAGAUAAAAAAGAUGCAAAGAUACGGGAGCUUGAGGCCCGAGUGAGUGACCUGGAGCUGGAAAAGGUGAAGCUGGUGAAUGCGGGCUCCGAGCGGCUCCGUGCGGUGAAGGACAUCAAACAGGAGAGAGAUCAGUUACUAAAUGAGGUGAAAACUGGUAGGAGUGAGUUGAACAGCCUUACAGAGGACUACGAAGUCUUAAAAAGGAAUUUCCGAAACAAAACUGAAGAAAUGGAAGCUACUACAAACAAACUGAAAAUGCAGUUAAAGUCCGCACAGUCUGAACUUGAACAAACAAGAAAUACGUUGAAGUCAAUGGAAGGAUCCGAUGGUCAUGCUAUGAAAGUGGCCAUGGGGAUGCAGAAGCAAAUCACGGCUAAAAGAGGUCAAAUAGACGCACUUCAGAGCAAGAUACAGUUUUUGGAAGAGGCAAUGACUAACGCAAAUAAGGAAAAGCAUUUUCUAAAAGAAGAGAAGAAUAAAUUAAGCCAGGAACUGAGUACUGUUGCAACAGAAAAAAACAAGAUGGCUGGAGAACUGGAGGUCCUGAGAUCCCAGGAACGGCGUUUGAAGGAAAAGGUUGCGAAUAUGGAAGUUGCCCUUGAUAAGGCAUCGUUGCAGUUUGCAGAAUGUCAAGAUAUCAUACAGCGUCAGGAACAAGAGUCUGUGCGCCUAAAACUUCAACACACUUUGGAUGUAAAAGAACUUCAGGGCCCCGGGUUCACCUCGAACACUUCCGUGAAGUCGCGCCUCCUGCAGCCGCCCACGGCCGCCCGCUCCCAUUCGAACGUGCCGUCGUCCCAGUCCACGGCCAGCUUCCUGUCUCACCACUCUAUGAAACCCACCACAUUGAAGGAAGAUCCAACAAGGGACCUGAAACAGCUUCUCCAAGAGUUGAGAAGUGUGAUCAACGAGGAACCAGCUGUGCCGCUGGGCAAGCCUGAGGAGGAAGGGAGAACACCGUCCCUGGGAGUCUCCUACAUGGCUGUAAGCAACAACUCAUUAAGGGACUCCACUGAAGGCAGCAAAUCCAGUGAUACCCUUAGCAGAGAGCCUGUCACAUUGCACACAGGAGACUUGGAGGACCCAUCCAGCUGCUUCACGUUCCCGUCCACAGCAAGUCCGUCUGUGAAAAAUUCAGCUUCUCGAUCAUUCCAUUCAUCUCCUAAGAAGUCCCCGGUUCACUCACUGCUGACUAGUUCGGUUGAAGACUCAGUGGGUUCCACACCCCAAUACAGAUCCACGAAACCUGUGCAUUCGUCUGACUCUGUUAAAGUCUCAGCCAAUAGAAACAACAGGAAAAACGUGCAGGAAGCUUCAGAACAGACUGGAAAGCUUGCAGACUCUUGUAGAAGAUUUACAGAUGAAGAACCAAGCAAUGUCUUCAAUGAUCAGAAAUCAAGAAAAGAGGAUACAGAAAGUGAAAGACCAGGAAAAAAUGUUACUAAAAUGAAACAUUGUUUGCCUCUUCUUUACAGAGGAAUGAGGCCCAAUUAAUUGUGGUGUUGCUUAUAAUUAGUGCCCUGUGUACUUUUUUCUUUUUAUGUGAAAAUUUAAUAAAAGAUACCCUGUCCUGUAAACUCUAUUUUGAAAUAAACUAUUCUUGAAUGCUCCCAUAGUUAAACU